UUGGAACUCGCAAAAUCCAUCCACCCAAUCUCAAUGACAGUAUAUAUUUGUGAAUAGAAUAGAUCCAAACACCUCCCUUCCGAAAACCACAUGGCGGCUUCGGACAGCUGCGGCGGGUGCUGCUGCAGCUUCAUCAUCACCUCCGGCCUCACGGCGCUCUUCUUGUGGCUCAGCCUGCGCACGUCGAAGCCCACGUGCUCCGUCGAGAAGCUGUACGUGGCGGCCCUGAACACGACGGACAACUCGGCCGGCAACCGCACCAUCUACUUGGACCUGAAGCUGGCCAACGGCAUGAAGGACAAAGGCGUGCGCUACGCCAACAUCACCUUGAGCUUAUACUACAACUCCUCCCUGCAGCCCAUCGCCAACUACACGCUGCCGGGGUUCUACCAAGGCCACAAGAAGAGCACCCACCGCCGCAGCCUGGUGCCGGCGCCCGGCCUGCCGUGGGCCAUGGCCCUCGAUGCGGUCUCCAAUGGAUCCGCGGUGAGCUUCAGGGUGAGGCUGGCCACCAGGGUCAACUUCAAGAUCAUCUUCUGGUACACCAAGAGGUACCGCUUGGAGGUCGCCGGCGACGUUCAGGUCAACGCCACCGGGAAUAAGGGUAUAAUAAAAGUUCUAAGAUAGAGGCUGAUGAGGAGUAAAAUAUGUGUAAGGUAAACUGGACAGCGCAGGAGUCGUCAGCGCUGGGAACAAAGGCAGGGAAAAGAGCCUGAAUAGUGUCUUCGGAGGAAAGCAUGAGAGGGAGGAACUUCGAGGCCAUUUCGAGAGGAUUUGAACGCCAUAGGCGUCAGGGCUGAUAUAAUCGAGAGGAGGGAAGCAAGUUAGAGGGUCAGAUCUGGAAUGAAGUACGGAAGGGGCAACACCUAGACUCGAGCAGGGCUGACAUAGUCAGGAGGAAAGCUUCAGAGCUGGCGGACGCCUGCAGCGCUGGGAAAGAAUGAAGGCACAACUGACUAACAACGACCUAGAAGAUUCUUCCUAACCACCGGGGUCACUAUUAGCUGUGUAAUUACUAGUUUACCCCUGUCGUAGGCGUCUAUAAAUAGAAGAUAUGUUGGUCAUUGUAAACACAUACUAUUCAAAUACUAAUACGAUAGUUUUCUUUCUCUCGCUUUA